AUGGAGGAGCCUGGUUCGGUGCCGUUGGCAAAGUCGUUGAACGACAUCUACACGGAUGACGCCCUUCCCGGCCAGACAAAAAGAUGGCAGCACCUUGUAGAGCAGUUCAAGACCAACUAUGGCCACAGCCCCCAGUUCGUAUCAAGAUCGCCGGGUCGGGUCAAUAUCAUCGGCGAGCACAUUGACUACUCUCUGUACUCGGUGCUGCCGAUGGCCAUUACAGCGGAUGUUCUGCUCGCCGUAUCCGUGAUUGACGAGGAAAAGCCGUCGGAUUUCUACACGAUCAAAAUCUCUAAUGUCCAGCCUGACAAAUUCCCAUCUCACGAGUUCACAAUCCCCUUUGACUCCGUCGAGAUCGAUGCUAAGGUCCACGAAUGGACCAAUUACUUCAAAUCUGGUCUGCGAGGGGCGUUGGAGCUGUUGCGGAGGAAGCGUGGAAGUUACAACAAGCCCGUCAGCGUAGAAAUCCUGGUGGAUGGCACGGUUCCAGCCGGAGGAGGACUCAGCAGCUCAGCAGCUUUCGUGAGCUCAUCGGCGCUGGCAGUGAUGUAUGCCAACGGGGAGAAGGCAGUUGAUAAGCGAGAGUUGACCGAGCUGGCCAUUGUCAGUGAGCGAGCCGUGGGCGUCAACUCGGGAGGAAUGGACCAAGCGGCCUCGGUCCUCUCUCUUCGAGGUUCUGCGCUCUUCGUUUCCUUCGUCCCAACUCUCACGGCGAAACCCGUCAAGUUCCCCAAGACCUCACCUGAACUCUCCUUCGUCAUUGCACAGUCUUUCGUCAGCGCCGACAAACACGUUACCGGCCCUGUCUGUUACAAUCUCCGCGUUGUGGAGUGCAGUCUUGCAGCCGCCUAUCUACAUGCGAAACUUGGUAAAUCUAACAAGCCACUACCGGAAGACUCUGGCCCUCUGAAGAUCUCUCUUAACGGAUUCCACCAACAAUACUUCAGAAUCUCGGAUAAAAGGGUUGAAGACCAACUUAAGGAACUCAUUGAAUUGACAAAGACAACUUUAACCAAAGAUGAUGGCUACACCCGUGCAGAGAUCGCCUCUGUCAUCGGCAUGUCUGUGGACGAACUCAAUGAACGCUUCACAUUCACCUUCCCUGUGCGAGCAGAACAUUUCAAAUUACGCCAGCGUGCCCUACACGUAUUCUCAGAAGCCCUGCGAGUCUUACAGUUCAUGACAAUUCUUGAAAAUCCGGCGUCCCAUCUCAGCGGCGACACUAGCGCCAACACUGAGUCGUUGAACCGACGGUUAGGCGACCUAAUGAACGAGACCCAGGAUAGCUGCAGGGAGCUUUACGAAUGUAGCUGUCCCGAAAUCGACCAGCUCUGCGACAUUGCGCGCAGGGCAGGAAGCUAUGGCUCGCGGUUGACUGGUGCAGGAUGGGGCGGGUGCAGUGUGCAUCUUGUGCCCGCGGAUAAGGUCCAGGCUGUGAAGGAGGCAUGGGACAAGGAGUACUAUAGUAAAAUGGUCUUAAGCCCCGAACAGAAGGAGUCGGCGGUUGUAGUUAGUAAGCCUGGGAGUGGAAGUGCUGUUUUUGUCCUUGGGGGUCAGGGAGUCGUAUAG